GCCAGCCUGCUCGCCCUACUUGUUGGGAGCCAGCCGCACGGAGCGCAGUGGCGCUGGCUCUGCGGAGGAUUGCAUUGCUGGGGACGGUAAGGGGAGAAAUAACGGGCAGCCCUCGGAGGAAAAGGCGAGGCUGCCAGGGCUGCUGCUGCUCUUCAUGACUCAGCCCAAGUCGUGCUCUCAUUUCCAAAGGGAGCAGUGUCCGGGAAGCCACACCUCUGUCUCUUGAAAGACAGAAAAUUGCACGGCGCCUAGUUGCGAAGCACAUACAUCACAAACUUACUUUUCCCUUAGGCCUUGCGAAACGUCCACGUGCCCGGAGUUGUUGCUGAUCUGCGUGCUUGUCUAUGCGGGAGUAAGUCUUGUUUGACUUAAUAGGGCUUACAUCUGAGUAGACCUGCCUAGGAUUAAAGGCAGGAUUGUUAAACACUGUAGUCUGAUUUAGUACAGGCUUAGUUGUGUGGAAAGGGGGAGCUUUUCCUCUUCCCUCGAGAUUCCAUUUCCUUUAGUGUGUUUUAUUGAAUUGUACAGUGCUGUUCUUCAAUUUCUGUAAAGUGCUUAGAAAAGCCAAGUUGUUUCAUAAGUGAUACACUGAUGAUAAUAGUGCCUCAUGGUUAAUUUGUUAUUCUUGUAAUUCCAUCAUUAUAGGACCACAGUUUAUUUUUAGUGCUACAGUUUAAUUGUAACAGACAAUUAUAGAUUUUUUCCCUACAAAUGGUCUACAAUUGUCUGCUCUGUUCUUUUUCCUAGUGAAACUGAUGUAUCACCUGGCAGAGUCUGCUCUGAAUGUCUGCAAACCAUCCUCCUCCAUGCAAACAUUUAUUUAUCUAUUUAAAAUGUUUUUAUGAUGACUAGAACAUGCUGACUAGAACAACCAGUAACUGUUUUUUUUCUUUCCCUCCCCAACACAUUUCUUUAUUAGAUUUAUGUCCUGCCUAUUUUCUUGUUUAAAGAACUCGGAAUGGCUUAUAUCAUGCUCCUCAUAACAAAAAGCCUGUGACAUAGGUUGGGUUGAGUCUGUAACUGGCCAAAGUGACCCAGUUGGGUCCAUGGCUGAGUGGGGACUAGAACCCAGAUUGCCUGAGUUCCAGUUCCAAGAAUAAUUGCAAUUUUCUUAUUGAUACUUACUGCCAAACACAGGUCAUUUCAUCCCAGAAUGUUAGAAAUGUUUACAUUUUGCAAUAAUACACAAUACAGUUGGUUUUUUGAUCUGUUGAAAUUGAGUUAGCUUUGGAUAUAAAAACAGCAGCGCUACCUUGUGGCAGAAGAGAGUUAUUGUUGCUUUUGUUCAUAAAAGGUUUCAGAUUAGGAAUCCAAUCAUUUUGCCAUGAUUAUUAACACACGCUAGGAGUUUGUACAGAGUUAUGCAGAAGUCACUGAGCAUGAUGAUCUUGACUAUGAUAGUGUAGUCCUUCUGUAUAUAAAACUGAAUAUGUUGUGUAUUUGGGCAACUGGAAUUUGGUGUGUAUAUUACUAGAAAGAAAAUAAUAUCACUAGUGCUAUUUUCUCAUUACCAGUGAAAGAAGCAUUGCUGUGCUUGAUUUGUAACUCAGAUUGUCAUAGAACUGCCAAGCAUGCUCAGACCUCAUGAUCCUUUAGCCAGAAAUCAAGAACCUCUCACAGCAAGGAGGAGAGCAUACAUAGGUUGGAAAAGCAGCAACUACAAGCAGCCUUGAGUGGAGAACACCAUGUGUGGCAUUUGGGCCCUUUUUGGAAGUGAUGGAUGCCUCUCUGUGCAGUGCCUGUGUGCUAUGAAAAUAGCCCACAGAGGCCCCGACGCUUUUCGCUUUGAGAAUGUCAAUGGAUUCACCAAUUGCUGUUUUGGCUUCCAUCGUCUGGCAAUUGUUGAUCAGCUCUAUGGAAUGCAACCUCUGAGGGUGAAAAAGUUUCCCUACCUCUGGCUGUGUUACAACGGAGAAAUCUAUAACUACAGAGAGCUGCAGAAACAGUUUGAGUUUGAUUACCAGACCUUAGUGGAUGGGGAGGUAAUUCUUCAUCUUUACAACAAAAGAGGAAUAGAGGAAACAGCUUCCAUGCUAGAUGGUGUAUUUGCAUUCAUUUUGCUUGACACUGCAAAUAGAAAAGUCUUCCUGGGAAGAGAUACAUAUGGAGUCAGACCAUUGUUUAAGGUCCUGACAGAUGAUGGAUUCUUGGGUGUUUGCUCUGAGGCCAAAGGUCUUAUCAACUUGAAGCACAACAUGUCCUUCGCACCCAAAGUGGACCCUUUCCCUCCGGGUCACUACGAAGUGUUGGAUUUGAAGCCAAGCGGCAAAGUCGGAUCAGUGGAAGUGGUAAAAUUUCACAGCCCAAAAGAGGAACCUCUGCAUGCUGCGUACAGUGCAGUACAAAAUCUACCCUCAGGUGUUGAUGUGGAAACUGUGAAAAGCAACAUUCGACUGUUGUUUGAAAAUGCCGUUAGGAAACGUUUGAUGUCUCACAGAAGAAUUGGAUGUCUUCUCUCAGGUGGCUUGGACUCAAGCUUGGUUGCUGCAAUGCUUGUCAGACUGAUGAAAGAACAAAAAUUUCCUUACACUUUGCAAACUUUUGCUAUCGGCAUGGAAGACAGUCCUGACCUGCUGGCCGCAAGAAAGGUGGCAGCUCACAUCGGAACUGAACAUCAUGAGGUCAUUUUUAAUGCUGAAGAAGGGAUCCAGGCACUCGAAGAAGUGAUAUUUUCCUUGGAAACAUAUGAUAUCACAACUGUACGAGCUUCAGUGGGUAUGUACCUGGUCUCCCAGUACAUCAGAAAGAAAUCAGACAGUGUGGUCAUUUUCUCAGGAGAAGGUUCAGAUGAGCUGACACAAGGAUAUAUCUAUUUUCAUAAGGCACCCACGGCUGAAGAGGCUGCAGAGGAAAGUGAGAGACUCCUUAGAGAGCUUUACCUGUUUGAUGUUCUCCGUGCCGACAGGACAACGGCUGCCCAUGGUCUUGAACUGAGAGUUCCAUUUUUGGAUCAUCAGUUUACUUCCUAUUAUCUGUCUCUUCCAGCAGAACUCAGAACACCAAAGAAUGGAAUUGAGAAACAUCUCUUAAGGGAAGCCUUUGAGGAUACUAACUUACUGCCUAAGGAGAUACUCUGGAGACCCAAAGAAGCCUUCAGUGAUGGUUUGACUUCUAUCAAGAAAUCUUGGUUCUCAAUACUCCAAGACUAUAUUGAUGUUCAGGUGGACAGUCUCCUGUUGGAGAAGGCAGCAGAGAAGUUUCCCUUCAAUCCACCCAAAACAAAAGAAGGUUACUACUACCGCCAGAUCUUUGAGAAGCACUAUCCAGGGCGUUCUGAUUGGCUACCUCACUACUGGAUGCCAAGAUGGAUCAAGGCCACCGAUCCAUCUGCCCGCACAUUGAAGCAUUACAAGUCAGCAACAAAAGAAUAGACAUUUCUCUGCAAGUGCGUGUUGAUACGUAGAUCUUUUGGCCUUAAAGGGAAAGCAAGAAAAUGAAACUUUAAAAAAUUAAAAGAGAUCUAUUUAAUUCCUUUUAGAAAAAAUAUCUCUGUUUCUGAUUCUUAAUCUGCAAAAGAUGAGAGUUCCUGUUGUGUUUAAGCUGUACUUUACAACCAGUACUUUCUAAAAUUAAUCUUAUUAAAAUCAGUGGGACCACACCAUGACUCUGCUGUUGACACAGCCUUUGCAGUUAGCCUGCUUAAAUCCCACUCUGGUCUAAUCCCACUGAGGUUUAAGCAGCCCAACAGUGCUCAGGAGUCCAGCCUUGAACUGCAGUUGCCCUACUGUUGCAGGGCUUGCUACAUGUUAAAGGCUUAAUACUUUGGCUGUAUCUGGUUACUUCUGUGCUUCCAUUCUAGGCUCUUGAGUGUGAAACCUGGACUUCAGAUUGCUAGCAGUAAACUUAUGCGCUGGUGAUUUCACUGUCAAGUGCUUGGAAAAUGUGUGUGAGAUCCUUUAGGACAGCAGGCUGGUUCAUGUGGUCCAAGUGCCUUCUCAUGAUGUGUACCAAGCACAGAGAGGUGACUCCAUCAGCUUGCAAUUCCCAUUCUUAUGGUCUUAAGUUAGGCACAUCCCCUUUCUGCAUUGUUUUGAGAAGUUUCUAUUUUAAAAAAUCUUGCAGAAAAUUCUGUACACACCUUUGUGUACAUUUCAGCCAAUGCACCUAUUUUUGCAAGCAGUUUUGCCCCAAAUAAUGUUAUUUGAUGUUAUUUUAGUAAUAUAUGCAUUCUUGCUGUGCUUAUUACUGUAAUGUGUACUUUUUGGUACAUAAUUUUCUAUUGGAAAACUCCCCCUCCCCAAAUUUUGAGAAAUGCAAAGGUUGAAGGAUAAUGGAACUUGGUUUGCAAAUAGCUUUGAGAGUACAAAAUUAAUACAAGUCUGUAUUAAAAUGUGAAACAAA